UCCCAGGAAAGUCACGCUGUCAAUGACUCCUUCAGUCAUCAAAGGAGGUGCGGUGACCUUCAGCUGCAGCAGUGACGCUAACCCCCCCGUGCCCCAGAGCGGAUACAGCCUGCACAAAGACAGACACCUCAUCAGUUCAGGACAGAAUCACACCGUGUCCAACAUCCAGCCCCCCCACAGCGGCCUGUACUCCUGCCAGGCCUGGAACAACAUCAGCCGGAGCGGCAUCAGUCGCAUCAACUCCACCCAUCUGCACCUUGACGUCCUGUACCGUCCAGAGAACAUUUCCAUUUCGAUGGACCCUCUGGAUGUUGCAGAGGGCGGCAGUAUGAAUCUGAGCUGCAGCAGUGCCGCUAACCCCGCAGCUCACAGCUACACCUGGUUCAGGCAGAGUGCCCCCAGCCUCAGCUCCAUGCUGCGGGUGGGCUCAGGACCGCUGCUGACCCUCCCCUCUUUGGACGCGUCCCACACCGGACUCUACCUCUGCACGGCCAGGAACCAGCUGGGGGAAAACAACUCAACUGAGGUGAUGCUGACCAUGAGGAAAGAAUAUCAAGGCGAACAGACCGUCCCUGUUUUAGCUGGAAUUGGAGUGUGUGUAUUUGUGGCGCUGCUGUUAGGUCUGCUUCUGUUCUGGCUGAAACAGAGGACCCGUGCAGAGAAAAAAUCGACUGUGUUCGACUUUAGGCUCAGUGGGAGAGGCUCGAGCUCCUCAGAUCCAUCUGACAGUGUUUACGCCAACAUCCAGCAGGUGCUGCCAUCUCCUCCGCCUGCUGCUCAGGAGAUCACUCCUCUUUCUCAGAGGUCACACCAUGAGCAAGAGGCACCCAUGUCUUAUGAAGAUGACAUAACCUACGCCACAGUGACCAUUAAACCCAUAAACUCCACUCAUCACAUGAACAGCAGGUCCAGAGCUGGUGAUGAUGAUGACUCUGUGAUCUACGCUUCACUGGCCUGACCUGUUCACUCCUUUAGGCCGGGUUCAUCUUUAUCAAGGAAUGACGCCGUGUGGCGUCUUAAAAGUUCAAUCUCUCAGGAGGGUUAAAAAGAGAUAUAAGAGCAUCUUUUAAUUUAUUUGUAAUAAACAUAUAUUUAUUUA